GAAAAAUGAGAAGCUAGAGAGAGAGGACGCUAGAGAGAGGUGUUUUAAACUGAGAAAGGAAAGAUCAUCGCGAUAGUCGGAUCCAUUUCUGUCCCAAUUCGGAUCCUCCAAAUUCAUCUUCCAAUUCCUGCAAACAUAUAUAAAUAUAUAUAUAUAUAUAUGUAUAUGUAUAGACAGAGAAAGUUUUAGUGAGAGAAAGUGUUGGAGAUCGAAGAAUUAUGGGGGUGGAUUACUACAACAUACUGAAAGUGAAUCGAAAUGCGAGCAACGAAGACCUCAAGAAGGCCUACCGUAGACUGGCCAUGAUUUGGCAUCCAGACAAAAACCCUGGCAACAAGAGAGAGGCCGAAGCAAAGUUCAAGCAGAUCUCCGAGGCCUACGACGUUCUCAGCGACCCUCAGAAACGUCAGAUCUACGAUCUCUACGGUGAGGAGGCUCUCAAGUCCGGUCAGGUCCCGCCGCCGCCCUCAUCCUCCCGAGCCGGCGGUGGUCCUCACCACCACCGCCACCAGCAGCAUCCUAACCCUGCGUUUCGGUUCCAUCCGAGGGACGCCGAUGAUAUAUAUAAAGAGUUUUUCGAUGUUGGAUCCGAGGAUGGAGGGCGGAGUCGGGUAUUCAAGGAUUAUACCCAUAGGACCGCUGAUUCGGCGUCUUCGACAGGGCAGAGGAAGGCCCCUGCUGUGGAUAAUUUGUUGCCGUGUAGUCUCGAGGAGCUCUAUAAAGGGGCGAAGAAGAAAAUGAAGAUUUCAAGAACGGUUGUGGAUACCUCCGGUAGGCUUCGACCUGUGGAGGAGAUUUUGACCAUAGAGAUAAAACCUGGUUGGAAGAAAGGCACAAAAAUCACAUUUCCCGAGAAGGGUAAUGAGGAACCUGGUGUCACUCCAGCAGAUCUUAUUUUUGUGGUAGAUGAGAAGCCUCAUGCAGUUUAUUUGAGGGAUGGUAAUGAUCUGGUGUUCAAUCAGGAGAUCACUCUCCUGGAGGCCCUCACAGGGAAGACCCUUGAGUUGACAACCCUGGAUGGAAGGAAUGUCGUAAUCCCGUUGACAGAUAUCAUAAAACCAGGCUUUGAGCUUGUCGUCCCAAAUGAAGGAAUGCCAAUUUCAAAGGAACCUAGGAAGAAGGGAAAUUUGAGGAUCAAGUUUGAUGUCAAGUACCCAUCGAGGCUUACCACGGAACAGAAAUCAGAACUGAGGAGAGUUCUGGGAGGAAGCUUAUGAUGAUUUCUCACUUGAAAAGCUCAGGCGACCAUAUUAACACAGGUUGAUAUUGCAGCUUCUGUUGGAUGUAAAUAUAGUACAUGCAUGCAAUUGAAGAAUGUGAAUACUAGGAGGGAAGUUUCGAAAUGGUGGUGGAUGGCAGAGGGGAUGACAGUAUGUGGUUUUCUCACUGCAGUGUGAUGACUGACUUUGAAUCUAAUUGGAAGAAUUAGGUAGGAGCUUUGUCAUAUUUUGUCUUGCUAUAAGUCUUUUUUCUGUUUUUUGGUCUUGGUUUGGGAUUUUAUAGAUUUGAAAAUCAUAUUCCUUGGAUUUAGAACAGAUAGGCAAGUAACAUUGAAAGAAACCAAAUUUUGUCAAAUGGUUGAUUGAGUUUAUAUUUGAGGGAUCUCUUCUCCCUAGUGAACAUAUAUGUGGUGAUUGUUAGCGUCACCAUUUGCUGCUUGUGCAGGUUUUUGAACAUGGAAAAAUAUUGUCAUUAAUCUUUUUAAGUUUGUGGUCAGACCUGAGGUAUCAGUGCUCAGCAUUCUCUUCCGCGGAA